GGCGGGGCGGCGCGGGCGAGCAGACGCGGCUGGAGGCGCGCGGGAGCCGGGCGCGAGCAGGGCGCAGCCGCGAGGGAGGCGCGGGGGAGGCCAGCGGGAACCAGAGCACCAGCAGCAGCCAGUGUCGGUAAAGAGCAGCCGGGCGCAGCCAGAGCCACAGUCGCGAUGGCCGUGGCGGUGGGGAGACCGAGUAAUGAAGAGCUGCGAAACUUAUCACUUUCUGGCCAUGUUGGAUUUGACAGUCUGCCCGACCAGCUGGUCAACAAAUCCACUUCUCAAGGAUUCUGUUUCAACAUCCUGUGCGUGGGUGAGACAGGUAUUGGCAAAUCUACAUUGAUGGACACUUUAUUCAACACCAAAUUUGAAAGUGACCCAGCUACUCACAACGAGCCAGGCGUCCGGUUAAAAGCCAGAAGUUACGAACUUCAGGAAAGCAAUGUACGGCUGAAGCUAACUAUUGUUGACACAGUGGGAUUUGGAGACCAGAUUAAUAAAGAUGACAGCUAUAAACCUAUAGUGGAAUACAUUGAUGCCCAGUUUGAGGCCUAUUUGCAAGAGGAAUUGAAAAUUAAACGUUCUCUCUUCAACUACCAUGACACAAGGAUUCACGCCUGCCUUUACUUUAUUGCUCCCACGGGACAUUCACUGAAGUCCCUGGAUCUGGUCACCAUGAAGAAGCUGGACAGCAAGGUGAACAUCAUCCCGAUUAUUGCGAAAGCUGACACCAUCGCCAAGAACGAACUGCAUAAAUUCAAGAGUAAGAUCAUGAGUGAACUGGUUAGCAAUGGAGUCCAGAUAUAUCAAUUCCCCACAGAUGAGGAGACGGUGGCCGAGAUUAACGCAACGAUGAGUGUCCAUCUCCCAUUUGCAGUGGUUGGCAGUACGGAGGAGGUGAAGAUUGGCAACAAGAUGGCCAAGGCCAGGCAGUACCCUUGGGGUGUGGUGCAGGUUGAGAAUGAAAACCACUGUGAUUUUGUGAAGCUGAGGGAGAUGCUGAUCCGAGUGAACAUGGAGGACCUGCGGGAGCAGACGCACACCCGCCACUAUGAGUUAUAUCGGCGCUGUAAGCUUGAGGAGAUGGGCUUCAAGGACACUGACCCUGACAGCAAGCCCUUCAGUCUUCAGGAGACAUACGAAGCAAAGAGGAAUGAGUUCCUGGGAGAACUGCAGAAGAAAGAGGAGGAGAUGAGACAGAUGUUCGUCAUGAGGGUGAAGGAGAAAGAGGCGGAGCUCAAGGAGGCGGAAAAAGAGCUCCAUGAGAAGUUUGACCUCCUGAAGCGAACUCACCAAGAGGAGAAGAAAAAGGUGGAAGACAAGAAGAAGGAGCUUGAGGAGGAGGUGAGCAACUUCCAGAAGAAGAAGGCGGCGGCUCAGCUUUUGCAAUCCCAGGCCCAGCAGUCUGGGGCCCAGCAAACCAAGAAGGACAAGGAUAAGAAAAAUGCAAGCUUCGCAUAAGGCCUGGCAAGCCAAGGACGCUCCCGCAUUCACCUGCUUUGGCAGUAGUAGUGUACCUCUGUCAUCUGUGUCCUGUUUGAUCCGUUGUUUCAGCCUUUCCCCAAAUACCAGUAACUUAGCUCAUUUUAUUGAAUGUUGUCAGGUGGUGGAAAACCGUAGCACAAGGGGAUGAUAUCAGCAAGCGCGAGUGCGGCUGGACUGUGUUUCUGGAAAGUCGAUGAUUUGCCUUGUAUGCCUGUUCCAAGUGGCGGCAGGAAGCAUGUCUGUCCCUUGUAUGUCGCUUUGGACCAAGGAAGGCGGGGUAAAAUUACUACCUGUAUGCCUGGUGGGAAAACUCACUCCUCGGCAGCUGAGCCAAAACCCUGAGUAGCCAUGACAACAACUUGCAUUUUCUUAACUGUGCAUCUCAAAUGCUUGCACAGCUCCAGAAUUCACUCUCUUCUUCACACUUGCCACAAACCAGAGGUGGGCUUGAAAGUAGGCAGAAACUCGAGUGAGCAUCUGAGAUAGCUUUUCCCCUUGUACGGCUUUUUCAUUUAGUCAUUUGUUUAUUUGACCCCAGCCAGUGAUCUGGUUAGACUGUCUUAGAGAUGGAGUGUGCAUCUGCAUGCCUACCUUCAAUGCCAGGCCACAGCUAGGGACUGGCAUAAGAAUCAUGAUUACAUUCACCCCCACCAGGGCAUCCCUGAUGCUCUCACGGGUCCAGAUCUCAAAGAAUACCUCAUCUGGUAUUGCUUAUCUAAAGAAUCUUCUAUUAAGGAGGUUGGAUUCCCACUUCUAGUGAGGGGAUGCUCUCCACCCCUACCCUACACACACACACACACACACACACACACACACACACACACACCUGCAUCUGCUUUAAGCAGGCUGAGGGGAGACUUGGAGGCUGACUCCAGGACGUGGCUACUUCUAAUAGAAGUUUUCAUGAAUCACCACGAGAAAACUUGCUAUACAUUGUACUACCUGUAGCACAAGUCUGAAAGGAUGUCCUCAGAUGAAGAUUGCUGAGGAGUGAACGGGCAGUGCAGAGAUAGACUCGGCUGCUAGCCAGCCUCUGGUCCAGUUCCUUGCUGACAUUGAAGCUCAGUUCUAAGGAGUUUUCCUUCCUGUCCCCUCACUGUGACCGGUUCUACCUGCUCUGACUCUUGGGUCUGUCAAUUAUCUUACCUUACCCCCACGAGGAUUAACUCAGGAGCUAGGACAUGUCCUGCUUGCCUGCUGUGUAGGAACGGAAAAGGGCGCAUCGUUUGUCCUGUCCUCUUUUCUCUGACGUUCCUCCUGCUACCUGCUUGGCCACCCCCUUCUAACCAGAACUUGGCUCUUCCCUCCUCUCACUUCUCAUGAACCCAGGCCUUUGCCUCUGCAUUUCCCUUUCACAUCACCAGUAACACAUGCAUGGGAUAAUGCAGGCUGCAUUCCUCUCUGUCACACACACUUUAAAAAACACUGUCCAGCCAGCCCCUAUCUGAUCCUAGCCAAGUUUUUAUGUUAUCUUUUACUUCAUCUCCCCAUCAUAAGAAAGCAGUGGCCUUUCAUAAACUGAAUUAGGCUGCAUUAGACAAAUAAGGGCAUUGGCUUCACUGCUGUGUAGACCAUGCCAGAGAGCAGCAGCAGCGGCCACAGCCAUCUUCACUGGUGGAAGAAGGAGCUCCUACACAGACUCUGGCUUUGCUUCCAUUUUUCUAUCUAGCUGUGGAGCAGCAGGUACUAAUGGGCAUGCUGACUAACCAUGGCUGCGUUUGCUUCUUCACUGGUCACCACACAAGAGCUUGAGCAUUGCUGUUGUCUGCUGGUUCCAGCCACUGCUUCUGUGAGCUUUUUUUGUGAGUGUGUGAGUGCCUUGUAAUAGAAAACACCCCUUUGCAUUCAAUUUCUCAAAUCCCUGAAAGCUUUUAAAGAUACUCUUAGAAAACAAAAAAAAACAAAAAAAACAAAAAACCCAAACAGUUGACUUUUUUUGAUACCAAAAUUAUUGAAUUUUUUUUUCUUGCAUUAAGAUUUUUUUCUUAGUAAAAUAAAUCCUAUGGAGAGUCAGGGAAUAAAAAGUCAAGAGAAUUCCAAAGAAGCUUAAAAACAGAAAAGCAUUGCUCCUGAAAUGUUUUCCUGCCACUGCUCACAAGCUCUAGGAGCUGGUUACUGCUGCUCUUUUCUUUCCGUAUCUAUACCUUUCUUCACAGUAGUCCCUGGCUCUGCACGGAAUAAACGAUACUCUCAAAUCUAACUGGACGUGCUUUCGCCUUUGCAUGUAAGUACAGGAGUAAGAACUCAGAUCUCUCUGUUUCAGAUUAGGGAAAACGGGGCAGAUGAGGUUUUCUUUUAGAAGGUAUCCUGGAUAGUCUUGAGUAGUCAUUUUUUUUUUCUUUUUCUUUUUAAAGUUAAAUACAUCUAUACUGGCUACAUUUAUAUUUUGCCCCACAAUUUGUGCUUCCUCUUGAUCUCAGAGGAAGUAGGGGAUUGAUUACCAAUUGCAGCCAUUGUUGUGUAUAGCAUCCUGGAGGUCAUGUAGAGGGCCUUUGAUUAUGACAGUGGCAAAAAGCUGGGGAAAGAUUUCCACUGUCCACGGGACAAAAAUCCUGAAAACGAUGUUUCUGCCAGGCUGCCUUUCUGUUCCCUGACAUUCUGGAUCUCAGUCUAAUGGCCUCUCCUUUAUGCCCAAUGCACAAUGGCCAUUUUGUAUUUUUUUGGUCGGACAGCUUUGGCCUCUCUGCAUCUUUUGCCCCAAGCAAAGUGAGCAUCUCUGCUCCUUCUGGACUGUGGUCCCCUGUAAUUAUCAUCCGUGCUGUGGGGUAUGACCAAAUGGCCAGCAAGUACUUGGUAGCAGUUCAGGACUGUUUUCCCAGCUUGGGCUCUGUAUGGAUCGGUCCGAAGUCUCUCUCUCAGCCAGGGGAACUCUUCCACCUGGUGUUGGGUGUGGGUUUCUUGUUCCCCCUCCUGUACUUUGCAACUCACCAGCCACAGCUCUUGCUUCCUCUCCAUCCUGUGCACCUCUAAUGGAUGGACUUGGCUAUCUCACUCUCCUGACAGACCCCUAAGUGUUCCGCAGAGUUGGUAUUGAAGCGUCCGCUACCCACAUCGUACUGUCUCUGUGUGGUCCUACCAGAACUGUCCAUCUGAAUCCCUUGGCUUUGCCAUUUACAAGUGUCUAGGUUCUAAAAGUCCUAGUUCUGUUGACAGGACAUGUAUUACGGAGUCGUAAGCUGAAUCAUGACCUACAGAGUCUAGUUUGUAUGUAGGUAUGAAGGGAACUUUAAAAAAAUAAAUUGAAAAUUAAGCUGUGAACAGCAUUAAACUUUGUCUAUUUCUUGAUUUUAAAAUAUGCUGAUAAUGCCUUAAACUGUAGCUGUAGAACUGUCAUUUUUUGCUGUUUGAAGAUAACCAAUGUUUUCUAAAACUGUUGUGUAAUCUUUCAGUGUUAAUGCAGAUUGUCAUGUAUGUAAGCUGCAUGUUAGACACUUGUCUUUUUUAUAAACUAAAAUAAUUGUAUUGAUGUGAAGCCUAUUGUUCCUACGAGUAUGAAAGUGCUGGCUCAGCAACCUGCCAAGUAACUUGGUGUCUGUUAACGUAGUGUGGUGCCAGGUGACCUAUGCGUAUAUCACCAGUGCCAAGACUUCAAGUGGGGAAAUAUAUUUUUACCCAACCGUU